AUGGGAAAAUCACUCAAAAGUUUUGGGCUAGAUCAUAUAAGCUAUACUGUUGGUGCUGAUUUUAGAAAAACAAGAGAUAUAGCAGAUGCCCUAAAUACAGCUAUUCCUCAGGAAUUCAUAAAUACUAAAGAACAUUUGAAUGCAGCUCAAUUGAAAGCAUUUGAUUCCAUAAUGAAACACAUACAUGAAGGAAAAGGAGGUGCUAUUUUCAUUGAUGGACUAGGUGGUACAGGGAAGACCUUUUUAUACAAUUGUUUAUAUGCAGAAAUUCGUAUGAUGAAUAAAAUUGUAUUGCCAACUAAAACAUCUGGAAUAGCAGCAUCAAAUCUUCCUUCAGGGAGAACAGCUCAUUCAAGAUUUAAAAUACCUGUUGAUCAUGAGAACUCUUUCACAUGUGAUGUGCCAAAACAAGGUAGUUUAGCACAGUUAAUAAAAGAGACGACUUUGAUUAUCUGGGAUGAAGCUUAG